AGAUUUUUCUGUCACGCGUCAAAAAUUAUCUUUGAAACAUCUCCGUGCUGUGAUAAACAAUAAUAAAAUAGAAGCGAAAAUCGUUACCACUGCAGUUAAAAUCGUGUCUUAUAGCCACAUUCUUCGUAAAUAAACAGAUAACAAACACAUUAUAGUGAUCCAUGCAUAUACGGCGGUCCGUGUAAUGUGCGAUAGCUGAAAAAUCACUCGUUAUGGCAUCUGGGUCUAAGAAUGAUAUAGUUAAUAGAUUGCUUAACGUGAGGCUAGAAGACGGUGGUGGUGGUGGUGGAGAUGAGCCACCACCACCACAGAACAUGCUGCCGUCCAAUCAGCAAGCACGGCAGCUCGUACAAAUACAGGAGGAAGAUAACGGAGAAGUGAACGAGCCUUCCUCUUCUUGCGCUGCGGUAGAGAAUCCCCAACCAAUUAAUAACACUGGUGGCCGCCUGCACAACUGGCAGGCGACGAAAACGACCGUCAAGGAAAGGCUGUCAUUUCUCUUUAACAAUGAAAUUCUAAGUGACGUGCAUUUCAUCGUCGGCAAAGACGCCAACCAGCAAGUGAUACCGGCGCACAAGUUCGUGUUGUCCGUGGGCAGCGCAGUGUUCGAUGCCAUGUUCAAUGGGGUACUGGCCACCAAGUCUGAUGAAGUAGAACUGCCUGAUGUGGAGCCCGCAGCCUUCCUACAUUUGCUAAAGUUCCUAUACUCUGAUGAGGUUCAAAUUGGGCCAGAGAGUGUAAUGACAACACUGUACACUGCCAAGAAGUAUGCUGUAGCUGCAUUGGAAGAACAUUGUGUUGAUUUUUUGAAAAGUAAUUUGGGAAUGGACAAUGCUUUUUUGUUGCUAACUCAAGCCCGGUUGUUUGAUGAGCCACAGUUGGCUUCCUUGUGCCUGGAGAUGAUUGAUAAGAACACUGCUGAUGCUUUAAAUGCUGAAGGUUUUACAGAUAUAGAUCAAGAUACACUAAAUGCAGUGCUGGAGAGAGAUACUCUGCGCAUCAGAGAAGCAAAGAUUUUCGCAGCAGUGCUUCGUUGGUCAGAAGCUGAAUGUAUUCGAAGACAAGUUCCAGUCACUCCUGCCAACCAAAGGAUGGUCCUUGGAAGAGCAUUCAAUGCUAUCAGAUUUCCCCUAAUGUCUGUUGAAGAAUUUGCGAUGGGCCCUGCGCAAAGUGGUCUCCUGGAUGACCGGGAGAUUGUACAACUGUUCCUAUACUUUACGGUGAAUCCUAAACCUAAUGUUGGGUUCCUAGACACUCCAAGAUGCUGUAUGACUGGUAAAGAGCUGACAGUGAACAGGUUUCCCCAGACAGAAUCGAGGUGGGGCUACAGUGGACCGACAGACAGGAUUCGGUUUACGGUUGAUCAGAGAAUAUUUGUGGUUGGCUUUGGACUGUAUGGAUCAUAUUUUGGGCCAACGGAGUAUGAGGUGCACUUACAGAUAAUCCACUUAGCGACAAAAAAGGUAUGUGGUUCAAACACAACGACAUUUUGCUGUGACGGUACCGACGACACUUUCCGCGCCAUGUUUAAGGAGCCGGUGGAGAUUCUGCCCAACACAUCUUACAUAGCUAGUGCUAAACUUAAGGGCACCGAUUCCUACUACGGCACGAAAGGACUUCGGCGUGUGACAGUUGAUUGCAAUAACGGUGAGAAAGUGGUAUUCCAAUUCUCGUACGCUGCCGGCAACAACGGCACUUCGGUAGAGGACGGCCAAAUACCCGCAAUCAUCUUCUAUAUUUAAUCUAACUUGAUGGCAACACUGGCCAUUAAAAUUUAGAGUUGGCAACAUUGCUUGUUGCUUUUUGCGGACUUAGCUUCUUUUUUUUAAAUAUUCUAAUUAUUAACAGACUUCAAAAAAGAA